UGAAGCAUGGACAUUCGGGAAGCAAAACCAGAACAAAAGCUGUGCAGUACAGUUACUUCCCAUCUGGACGUCACACCUGAAUGCUUAACUGACCAACAAAGCUUUGACAGGAAAACAGUGAACACACAUCAAAAAUCAAUAUUAGCACAUGCUGUGCUUCAUCCAACUGGGAAUCUGCAAAUGCCUUGUUCUUUAUCGCAUUGAGUGGUAAAUUUCUAAGGCCAAGCCAAAAACAUUUGGAAUGAAGAAGUGAAGCAGACUUUUCCCCCCUUGAUGUGGAUCAUGUUAACAUUCUAGUUAACCCUCAAUAUCAACAAGACUGGACGACCCAGGCUUUGGAGCUGAGCGCAAAUUAAAUGAACCCUGGUUCAGCUUAAAAUGAGUACAGAGUGAGCCAAUCCUGUGUAUCACCAUAAUCUUUCAGUGUAGAUUUUACCCACUGAGAGUUAUUGAAACAGGAGGAGACCAUGAAAGCAGCAGUUGAUAGGAAGUCAGGGUCUGAGGUGUUGUGCUCGGCCUGGCUGGAGUGGAGAUAAGAGCUUGGGCGAGGGAGAAAACAGAGUUUGAUGAGACAAGCAGAAUACAAAUCAGUGUCUACUGUCCCUCAGCCAGACUGCCGAAUCAAACCAAUAUUAGUGUGUCUGCUGAAAUGGACAGUGAUUCAGCAACUAUAAUGGCUUUAUUGGUUAUGCAUUGAAAUGGUACGAGCGUAAUCAAAAGCUCUAAUAUGAAACUAAAUAGCAAUCACCUUUUUUGUAAAUCUCAAUUUUGGAGAUUUUGUCUCAGAACCCAGUGUGUCUCCAAGACUGAAAUUAUGGAUAAAGGAUCCAUCAGGUCCCAUGGAUGCGUGUGACAACCAACAGUGACACCCAUCAAUGCAGCCCUCGCACCAUGUCGAGAAGACAAAGGAAAGCAUAGGCCCUGAUUUGAUUGUGGUCAUGUGGCACAUCUAGACCUUGAACAAAGGAUUAAAGGGGAAAGGCAAGAUGGAUCAGGAUAAUAGCUCCGUUGAUUCGUUCUUCACCAACACCACGGAGAGCUCUGAACCCACAGAGGCACAAUGGGACAAAGCCACUCUCCUGGGGCUCCAGAUCUUCCUGUCAGCCAUCUUGGCAAUCGUCACCCUGGCCACCGUGCUCUCCAAUGCCUUUGUCAUCGCCACCAUAUUCCUGACUCGGAAGCUACACACGCCAGCCAACUUUCUGAUUGGCUCGCUGGCUGUGACAGACCUGCUGGUGUCCAUCCUGGUCAUGCCUAUCAGCAUCUUGUACACAGUGAGUAAGACCUGGGCUCUGGGGCAGAUUGUCUGCGACAUCUGGCUGUCAUCGGACAUCACCUUCUGCACUGCCUCCAUCCUGCACCUGUGCGUCAUCGCGCUGGACCGCUACUGGGCCAUCACUGACGCCCUGGAGUACUCCAAGCGCCGGACAAUGCGUCGAGCGGGCCUGAUGAUAACGGUGGUAUGGGUGAUCUCCAUCUCCAUCUCCAUGCCGCCGCUCUUCUGGAGGCAGGCCAAGGCCAACGAGGAGGUGAUGGAGUGCAUAGUGAACACGGAUCAGAUCUCCUACACGCUCUACUCCACCUUCGGGGCGUUCUAUGUUCCCACUGUGUUGCUGAUCAUCCUCUACGGCCGGAUCUACGUGGCAGCCCGCUCACGCAUCUUUAAGACACCAGUGUCGUGUGGCAAGCGUUUCACCACGGCCCGGCUCAUCCAGACGUCAGCCGGCUCCUCCAUUUGCUCCAUCAACUCCGCCUCCAACCAAGAGGGCCACCUGCACCCCGGAGGGGGAGGCAACACGGGAGGAGUGGCAGUAAACGGAGGUGGAGGAAGCAGUGGUGGGUCGCCUCUCUUCAAUAACUGCGUGACGGUGAAGCUGGCUGACAGUGUGCUGGAGAGGAAACGUCUGUGCACCGCCCGGGAGAAGAAGGCCACCAAGACGCUAGGCAUCAUCCUGGGAGCCUUCAUCGUGUGUUGGCUACCCUUUUUCGUGGUCACCCUGGUACUGGCCAUCUGCAAAGAAUGCUGGUUCCACCCAGUGCUCUUCGACUUGUUCACCUGGCUUGGCUACCUAAACUCACUCAUCAAUCCCGUUAUCUACACUGCCUUCAAUGACGAGUUCAAACAGGCCUUCCACAAACUCAUCAAGUUCAAGAGAUGCUACUAAGGGAAUGCGAGUAUUGUACAUACAAAAUAUAUCAUAACCCAGUGUUUCCCAAACCUGGCGUCUCUUGAUUUGAAAAUGGGAUUGCGAGAGAAACUCUGAAGAAAAAAAAUAAUAAUUGUGCUUGGUUCAUAAAACAGGGGUAAUGUCGUUCUAUUUUUUGGGGGGGGGGUGGGUAUAAACUGCAAAAUAUUAUGAUCCCGUCACUGAAAGAUAAGACUCAGGAACAUGUAUGCGUCUUCGGUUUCCCUCUACAAUGCCCACAAACCUCAUUAGAACAGAGUGGACAAGACCAGGUACUAUGUCAGACUGUGGGGAAAAGAACAUAAUUCGCUAGUUUUCCAUCCAAUUUGUAACAGAUUUUCAUGCAAAUAUUCUCAAAUCUGCCUAAAACAAUAUGCACCAUCAAACUGAAUUGUUGAGGAUAAAAUGAUGUGCAUGACGACGUAGUACACAUAAAAGUAACUUUUGCCAUUCAAUCCCCAUGUACCGAAUUAAAAGUACAAGUUAAAUGGGUUUCCAUCACAUUUUCAACUCAACUGAUGGUUUUGCGUUAUAUUGCAAAUGUGCCCUCUCUGGUCUUGGCACAUGUGCUGUAGCCAACAGUUCGCAGAUACAGUGCAGGUAGGCUACCUACAUUGAGAUUAUUAUGGAUAAGGGCGAGAUUAUUUGUACGAAUGAAUGACAUUUUAUUUUCAUGUGAAAUCGCCAAUUGGCAACCCAUCCCGUAUGUGAUUAAUUGACACAAACAAACAUUAAAAUAAUUCACUAUGGUAAUUAAAUGAGAAUUCUUAUUCCGGUGUUCUCUGCAUUGCGCAUCGCGAACAGAGUGAGAAAAAAAGAGAGAAAAAAGAAGGUAAAAAUCAAUACAUAAGUAGCCUAAAUAAGGUUGUUUUUGUCAAACGGAAGCCAAACAUCGAUCAUCAUGUCACCAGAAUAUGACUUUCAAUAUUUAUUGAAAAGGAGCAUCAAACUCAUCACCUUGCACAUUCACCUCCCUGUGAAGUUCAUCAUAAUUGAUUUAAUCUUGUUUAAUAAACUGCAUGAUUUCCCGAGUCAUAGUGGGCGGACCACACAACAUAGAGUGAUGAUGGUUAUUACAGUAUAUCAAUAGUUGUAUAUAAAGGCGUUUCCACAUUCAUUUUCUCAUAAUUAAUUUUACCCACACAAAAAUAUCCCAUCAUGUCUAAUGAACAAAUUGUCUGUUGGCAUUUAUACAAUUAUACAGGCAAUUCAUGUUUCCUUCUGCCCGUUUAGAUUUUUUUCAUGCAUCAGUUAAUUAAUCUGCAUGAAAUGGUACUAAACCGUUGCCUGAUGAUCUUCUGAACUUCCCGAUACCUUUCUGAUGCAUUUCAGUCACUUCAAACCAUACUUCCUUCAGCAUGAAAUACUGUCAAAAGUACUAUCAGACUGAUUUGUAAUAACUGUCAUAUACCCAAUUAAAAAAGUAAACAUUAGCCGUUGAUUUCAUCACUUUUUUUUACAGGAUGGGGUCGCGGAAAAAUGUGGAUAUCGAAAUGGGUCUCUCGCAAUUCUUAGUAAAUAUCGGUAUGGGAAUAUAGGGUCUAUUCAUAUAAACUCUGUACUGUGGCAUUUGUUCAUGUUGUAAACACAUGCUCAUUGUGUUUGGUCUCUGUACAUUUGUUGUACAUUGGACCUUCAUUGACAUGCGUAUGAAGUGCCAUAGAUCUUUCAGAUAUUUCCUUACUAGAAAUGUAUGCAUGCAUAAAAAAAAAUGGAAUCAAAUAUUCCAAGGACUAUGAAACUCAUUAUAAAUGAGGGUUUGGGUUGGGAUAUUACAGACCACAAAGGAACAGACUUAUCAUACAUGUUUAAGACAAAUGAACGAGUCUCUAAAGAAUAAGAACGGGUCCUUCUUUGGAUGAAAUACAUAAAGUAAUUAAUCCGUGGAUUAUAAUUAAGCAGUGGAUUAUAAGGCGCCAUUGGACUGGGAAAGACAUGGUAAAUUGUUACAGAAAUGUCACAUACAGAGACGGAUCUUCCACGUCUGUGGUACAGUACAAUAGAGAAAUACGUAUAUAAAGAUUCAGUCUUACUGUGUCUCUCUAUGUGGCUGCAUUUGUUUAUGUGUAGGAGUUGUCAAGUUGCUCUAGGUGUAAUGAUGUGUGGGGAGGGGGAGUUGCAGUGAAUGAAAUGUGGACUUAUUUUUCACCUGUGGCAUCAGCUUAUUGUAUCCAACUGAUUAAACUUUAAACAUUAUCCACAUUCGAGGAGCCUGACUUCUCUAUGUAGGAGACAGCAUUUACCUUUGGAUUGAACCUAAAAAUUAAUUACGUCCUGUUCCCUGGCAACAAAUGAAUCUGCAUAAGCUACUGUAAACCCACUGGGCACACAGUGGUUGAGUCAACGUUGUUUCAAUGUCAUUUGUCAGACGUUUGUGACAGGGAAUCUAUGUGGGAAAAAGUCAAUCACUACGGUUUUCAUAUUUUUAAUCAGCGUAGUAAACAUUGAAAUUAAGUUAACUUCAAUUUACAAUGACUUAAAGUAACAGGUUGUUACAAAGUAAUUUCAACAAUCAGAACUAUGCAUAUGUUGAAAUUGCAUUGAAAAUCCCACAGAAAUAUUUUUCAUCCUAUAGUCAAUAUCUAUUGGUUGAAAUGAUUUCGAAUUUUAUAUUUUACCUUUUAUUUGACCUUCUUUCAAUGUUGAUAUUCAAAUGAUAUGUUUGAAUCAGUGAAAUUGUUUCAAUGUCAUGCCAUUAACCUAAAUAGAGAGGUACAGUAUAUUGAAAUAAAAUGUGAAGCC